UAGAUCUUUAAGGUCGUGGUCCAAAGUUGGUUGGUGCUCUUAUCCGACAUAUAAUUUAUGUACCUAAUGUAAUGUAAUGCCUAUAUUUCCACUAAAAUAUACCCACAGAUGUGUAAGAGUAUAUUUACUACUUAAUUGUACAAAUUCUAAGGUUAAAAUGUUUACUGUAAUUAUGGUAUUUUAAAAUUAUCCCUAUUUAGUUUGUGGUGCUAUUUAUUAAUGAAAAAUGAUACGUUCACGACAUAAACAAAAUUAUUAAUUAUACUAUGAAAUAUGUAAGGAUUGCCAGACAAUAAGUAAAGUAUCCUUGAAGAAUCGACUAUAAAUAUGGUCCCUAAAUGACUAAACGACCAUAAAAUUAAUUUAUUCAAACGUUAUCUAUAUUUAAUUGUUAAGAAUAUGUAGAUUCAUUACAUUUAAUUCAAAAAACUGUUAUUACACUACAACCAUUAUGCAAUGAGGACUUAGAACUCGUGUGUAAUAACCUAACCUAAAAAGUUUGUUUAAUAAGUUUAUAAACGUGUAGGUAUCUUACAAAAUAUCGUGAUAUUGCACAAUUUAAUUUUCAUUCUCAAUGAAAACAUCACGAAGCAAAGAUGAAAAGCCUACGUAACAUUCUGAAACCCAACAAUUUUCAAUUUUUAAAUCAAAGAAGUAUAUCAUCUGCUAAAAGGCAAGUUCAAGAAAUUCGAAUACCUGUUCCUGCUGGUUACAUAGCUGGUAAAUGGUGGGGUCCACAAGAUAAAAGACCAAUACUCACUUUUCAUGGAUGGCAAGAUAAUUCAGGAAGUUUUGACCGUUUGGUUCCUCAUUUACCAGAAGAUAUUCCAAUUUUAGCUAUAGAUUCCCCUGGGCAUGGAUUUUCUUAUAAACUCCCCCCUGGAAUGGCUUACCACAAUAUUGAUGCAACAAUCAUUACUAAGCAAAUAAAAGAUUAUUUUGGAUGGGAAAAAAUCAGUUUAAUGGGUCAUUCUUUAGGAGCUAUACUUUCCUAUACGUACGGUUAUUUAUUCCCAAAAGAUAUAGAUUUCAUCGUAUGCAUAGAUGGCUUACAUCCAUUAGUAAAUCCUAAAAAAUUGGAUAGAGUUAGUCAAAGCAUCGAAGAGCAAAUCAAAUACGAUGCUUUAAACAGUUCCAAAGAAGAACCCCCAAGUUAUUCAAUCCAAGAAAUGGCAGAAAGAAUGCAUAAAGCCACUGCAAAAUCAGUGGAUGUUUCUACUGCAAAAUAUAUUUUAUACCGAAACAUUGCUCCAUCAAAAAAGAAUCCAGGAAAAUUUUAUUUUAAUCGCGACGCACGUUUAAAAGUGGGCCCACUUCAGGUUCAUGACACCGCAGAAAUGAUUAGAGUUGCUGAAAAAGUUAUUUUUCCCCUUCACGUUACGAAAGCGGAUAAAAGCCCGUUUUUCGGUAACCAAAGCCUUUUUCAGGAAAUAAACGCCGUAUUAAAAAAAUGUAAUAAGAAUUACGAAUUUCGUAAUGUACCUGGAGUUCAUCACGGUCAUCUUAACGACCCUGAAUGCGUUUCUGGCUUAAUUACAAACUUUAUUCGUAAACAUGAUCAAUUUGAUCGUUCUACGGGAGGGUUAAAAGAUGAAAUGAAAGUUGAUGAAAGCAUAUAUCCUAUGUUUAAGUAUAAAAAAGAGAUUUUAGGUGAAUUAUAGUUAAUUUGUAUUUUAUCGCGAAAUUAUAGGGCAAUUUAUAAAUUUAGAUAUAUUUUUUUAUAUAAAUUAAAUCAAAAAUUUUAUAUAUUGACGUUGACAGACGUAUGUACAAUGUUAUAAAAAACUUUUCGUUUAUACUUUAAUUAAAAAUUUUAAUGUUAUUAGAUAAUUUACACAUUUGUUAUUUAUUAUUUCAAUAAAAGUUAUGUUAUAUUGCGAGUGUACAUAAUAAAUUUAUAUAUGUA